AUGAGCGCCCGGGAGCUGAGAUCGCCGCAGCGUGGAAGACCCUCUGUCAUCGCUUCCUACACCAGCAGGCUGAAUUCGCCUUUUCGGAGCGACAGCAUCGCCAGCGAGAGCCAGAGCGACACGGAGAUAACGGCGUUCCAGCCCCGCCCGUCGCCGCUGAGAAACCCGACUCAAAACUCCCAAAACGCUCCACAACCAAAUCCAGAACAACCGAAAAGGAGGUGGUUUCCGGCGCUGAAGGUCUUGGAAAUCACUCUGAGCGAGCCUCGAGACGUGCUUCAAAGCGAGAGAACGCUUCUAUCGUUUGUGCGUUUCUCCACAGCUCUCUACUUUGCUGCCACAGGUAUGGUGAUGGGAUUCCACCUCAGGACGUCUGGAAAGGAACACGGUCUGUUGCCGAAGCUCCACAACGGCGUGUUCAAUAAGACGAUGGCGGGGAUCCUCAUUUUGUUGGCUUUUGCCACGUUGAUCAUCAGCGGAAUCAACUACUUUAGGACUGUGCGUCGGUACUCACAGAAGAGGAUUCAUACGUAUGGGUUCAAUAACGCCACGAUGAUUGUUUGCGUGACGGCGGUGGUGUUGACGUUAAUAGGGAUCAACGUGGCGUUGAUCGUGGAGCGGCUUGUGGAUGCGUGA